AUGGGGAGAACUGUGGUGCAAAUCACACUCAUAGGACUCCUUUUUGCUUUGGCUUCCACACUGCCAAACAAGGAUGACUGGGACAUCUACAGCUUUCACAUCAACUCCACAGUGACCAGUCGUUAUGCCACCACUGUCAUCACAAGUCGUGUGGCCAAUCGUAUGGACGAGUCAAAGGAAAUUGAAUUCCAUGUUCGGAUUCCCAAGAAUGCCUUCAUCAGUAAAUUUCGAAUGUUUAUUGAUGGCCAGAUUUAUGAUGGUGUUGUGAAAGCUAAGGAGCAAGCUCAGCAGCAGUACACUGAAGCUGUGUCCCGUGGUGAAAGUGCUGGGCUUGUCAGUUCUGUAGGAAGGACACUGGAGGAAUUUAAGACCUCUGUAACUGUGGCUGCUCACAAAAAGGUCACUUUUGAACUCACGUAUGAGGAACUGAUGAAACGCACACAUGGCAAGUACGAGCUGCAAAUUCAUGCUCGACCCAUGCAGCCUGUCAGAGACUUCAAGGUGGAUGUGCACAUUCACGAGGAAGCUGGCAUCAGUUUCAUCGAUGUGAAAGGAGGCCUGAGCACCAACGCCCUCGCUAAUGCCAUCACCAAAAUACAUGCAGAUAAACAGGCGUGGGUGUAUUUCUAUCCAACAGUCGACCAACAGAAAAUGUGUGACAGCUGUGGAGAUCAGGGUAUGAAUGGAGAUCUGGUUAUUGUUUACGAUGUUAACAGGGAUAAUGGACUGGGACACAUCAAGAAAUCUGACGGGUACUUUGUUCAUCAUUUUGCACCAUCUGAUCUUCCUCGGAUACCAAAAAAUGUCGUCUUUGUUAUUGAUCAAAGUGGCUCAAUGUACGGCCGAAAAAUUGAGCAGACUAGGAUCGCAUUAAUCCACAUUCUGAAUGAUCUGGCAGAAGAUGAUCACUUUGGUCUGAUCACUUUUGAUGACAGGAUUUCUUACUGGAAGCAGAAACUCGUUCAGGUCAACAAGAAAAACCUGAAAAGUGCCAAAAACUUUGCCCGCAAUAUUCAAGACAGAGGAUCCACAGACAUAAAUAAAGCAGUGUUGCAAGGAGCACGUAUGCUGAAUGCACACAACAGAGAAGGUUCAGCAUCUAUCCUUAUACUUCUCACAGAUGGAGACCCAACCUCAGGGGUGACAAAUCUGGAGAAAAUUCAGUCAAAUGUAAGAGAGGCUAUUGCAGGCAAAUUCCCACUGUACUGUCUGGGUUUCGGUUUUGAUGUUAAUUUUAAUUUCCUUGAGAAAAUGUCGCUGCAAAAUAGCGGUGUGGCACGGCGGAUUUAUGAAGACUCUGAUGCUGAUUUACAGCUGAAGGGUUUCUAUGAAGAGGUGGCCACACCUCUACUGACAGAUGUGACAAUGAUCUAUGUGGGUGGGACCAAUCUAACCCAGACUAACUUCAGUCAGUAUUAUAAUGGUUCUGAGAUUGUGGUGGCCGGACAGAUCACAGAUAAUAACAUUGAAACCUUCACCCCUCAAGUUGUGGCCAUUUCCAGUAAUAGAAGAAUAAUAUUCUCUAAUCCAAAUGAAACCGUGGAAUCCACUCAAACAGUGUCUGAUGACCGUAUCCAGAGGGUUUGGGCGUACCUCACAGUUAAACAGCUUCUGGACAAAGAGCUUCAAUUAUCUGGACCUGAGAAAGAGAAAGUGAAGAAGGAAGCUAUGGAGCUGUCACUGAAGUACAGUUUUGUGACCCCUCUCACAUCUAUGGUGGUCACAAAGCCUCCAGGAGAAAACACAGAUGUGCUUCAUAAACCAAAGGAAGGUGAAACAUCGCAGAGAUGGCAGUCCCCAGGACGUCAACCCAAUUUAGCACACCUUACUCCUGCUAGUGGUUAUAGUGGGCGGUGGGUUGUUUCUGCUCCUCUUCUCCACAGGUUUUUGCUCAACUCAACUGGGAAUCAGACUGUUCCACUUUGCUUUGACUUCAGUGGAGCUAUAAUCCUUAAACUAUUUCACCACCCCAGCAGAGGUAGAAGCAAUGUGACAGUGAUUGUGCACGACGCUGAAAUUCACAUUGCAUCUGAUGACAUUCUCCUGGUCAUCUCACAACAUGAGAAAAAUGGCCAAAGGCUCCUUUGGCCUGUUUUAAGACAGCAACCCUCAACCAACAACACCGAAGGACUUUUAGCUGUAAAGCCAGCAGUGUAUGAGGUGGUGCAGCAAGUUCCUGUCACAAAACUAAAGAUUAAAAACCAAGAGAUAGAUGUUACAAGUGACAACGCUACUGACUACAGCGUCGACCCUCCUGUCACAAAGAACUGCUGGCUUAUGUCUGCUGACUCUGCCCUGCAGAGACCACUGGCAGAUUUUUUCGUUUCACAACUUUAA